CCGCCGCUGCUGAAGAAGUCAUAACAGCAGCUGAUGUGUUCUCGGUGUGAAGCUGCCACAUGGCUAAUGAACUACAACUGUGUUCUGCCUCCUCAUUGGUCCGCGGCUGAUUACCGGGAUUGGCUGUAAGUAGCUUUAGGGAAAAGGUAAAUAGUUCAGGAAGCUUCCUCGGAGCUCCGACGCCGGUGUCCGGGUGUUCAAACUUCACCACAGGUAUGAGCUAAACGGACACUCUGAGCGUCCGGGACUCUUUACCGUGAAGUGUGUGAGAGUGCAGCCGACAUGGUGGAGGUGUUCUCCGGGCGGACUCUGCUCAAUAAAGACGGGGACUUCGUGGAGCCGGAGGAGGCUCUGAGGAACAAGGUGGUGGGGAUCUACUUCUCGGCGGGCUGGUGUCCUCCGUGUCGGGACUUCACACCCAUCCUGUGUGACUUCUACACGGAGCUGGUGGAGGAGAGCGAACCUCCUGCUCAGUUCGAGAUAGUUUUCGUCUCCUCCGACAAGUCGACCGAUGACAUGGUGGAAUAUUACCACGACAUGCACGGAGACUGGCUGGCUCUGCCCUUUACUGAUGAUUACAAACAUGAGCUGAAGCAGCGCUACAAGAUCACUGCGGUGCCCAAACUGGUGAUCGUGAAGGAGAACGGCGACGUGAUCACGGACAAGGGCAGGAAACAGAUCCGGGACCGAGGCCUGGCCUGCUUCAGGACCUGGCUGGACGCCGCCGAGAUCUUUCAGAACUUUAAGGGUUAGAGACUCAACUCAGCGUCAGAGAGCAGAACAAAACCUGUAAAGUCUUUCUGCACUCACAGAAGGUGUUAUGGGAUAAGAGCAAACAACUUAUAAUACAGUUAUACAAAAUCACAUCUAUUUAUUUAUUGUAAUUAUAUUUCUCGUUUUGCUUUUCUUCUUGACAAAGACUUGAUAUUCUUUACAUCCAAAGCGCUCUAAAAUCCUUCAAAUGAAACCAUCUGAUGGUGAAAAACUGAAUUUGAGUUCAGUUUCUCACAUGUUGUGGUCUGAUGAAGGAUUUGCUUGUAGAUCUUAAAGUUGCAGAGCAAAGCUGCACCAAACAUCCUAUGCACUUAAUCUAAGCCUCAGGCAUGUCCUUUAGGGAAAGUAUGUGUUUAGUAUGACCAAUACAAGCCAGCUGCUGUACUCUCUGUUGAUUUUAAAGUACGCUAAUGUGACUAGUUCAGCUAAACUUUGCUUUUAGUAGCUAGAGAUUUUCUUUCCAGAGAGCCUGCCUUUGUAUAUUUCUAAAAGAAAAAAUUAUAAUAAUACUUGUAGUUCUAUUUUGAGCUGCCUGUAUAUUUUUAUAUUUUGUUUUAUAUGAGUUGGUAAGACUGAAUAUUAAUUAAAAAAUAAUAUUCUA